GCCCAAUUGGACACAUCCGACCAAUGUGGGUUGCAAUUGCAUCGCCUGCGUGGGGCCGAACGAUCUCGGAAAGGCUGAAGAAUGACACUACCAUCCUUUGCCCUCUAGACGCCCACUCUCUUACAUCACGAACGGAAAUCUUUUUCUCGGCCUUGGAUGGUCUGAUCGACUGAUCCGGAUGAACGCAGGGUGAUGAUCCGAUCCGACCCGACCUGUCCUCGAGGUUCUGGUUUUUGACGAGAUUAGGGUAGCAGCUAUCGGCACAUAUAAAGGCUAUCAGUCAGUUUAUGCUUUGGCUGGUGAUCUGAUUCAUAGACAGCAUCCUACAAUUAAGAGUCCAUGAAAGGUGGAACUAAAGAUGACCCAAAGACACAUCCUCAGAGGAGGUUUCUCUUAUCAUGGCUGAAGUACUUGCUUGUUUUGUUGACUCUGAUAUUCAGGUCUCAAGAAACUAAUCUCAUUUUUGGGACCAGAAACCCAACAAGAGAGGCUCAAGACAAUCUGGAAAAUUCUUAUGGUAGAUUUCCAUAUUAUGGAAUGUUUACAAGUAUGGAUCAUGUAUUGAUGCAGCAAUCACUGGCAUAAAUGCCUCCUCCCUUGAUGUAACUCCAGCUUGCUUUUAUUGUUGGGCAGUCAAACGUUGACAGUCACUAUUGCAGAUGAUGCAGUAAUCUCAGCUUUCACCCUUUUAGGAUCACUACAGAAAUGGGGAAAACUCACUUAUCACUAAGUGGCAUAUAGUUUGGUUGCCAUAAACAGUUACCUGGUUGUAUAUUGCUUUUAGGCACUCAGGCACUUGUGGCACCACUGCAGAAGAGAUAUCAAGAUGCCAGCUGCUUGUUCUUGAGAUGCUUGUCAAUUGUCGAGUUGAAGUUCCUCUUGCUUUGAACUAACAGAAGAGUGACUAUUGCCUCUGUCUAGCUAUUCAUGCUCUUCAGAAAGGAAUUCUUGAGGUGUGCUUAAAACUUUAAGAUAUGUUUAGGUUGGAGAAAGAAGUCUCAGAUUGAAAUCAAUUUUCUCUUAAAAAUAAUAUGAAAAUCUGUCACCCAUUGUAUUUAUUAACUGAGUGUGGAAAUGGGGGGCUCUAUUGGUAUUACCUACUAAGUCCUUUUAUAGAUUACUAUUACUAGUUCUUGUAUAAACCUGCUGUCUUUCCAUAACGUUGUAUCUUCUUAGGCCAACACACACAAUCUAUUUCCC